UGGAGCGUGCGUGGCUCGAUGACCCCCAUCAAUCUGCCACGAGCCGGAGUGCGACAAUAGCAUUAUCAUACCAAUACACCAUUCAGCUCCAGCCAAUCAGAGCGCAGUCCUUUCACUGAGCCGCACGAGCUGGAGAGUAUAAGAGAGGGAGGCUGCAGUAUAGAAAGCACUCUGCUCCUUCUCGGAUUUACUCCCAAACCAAAUCUCUCUGAACCAUCUCCCUUUGUGGAAUAUCUACAUCAUCUUCAUCAUGACUCUCGAGGAAGUUCUGAUCCAGAAAGCCACCGAGCGUGCUGAAUGCACCGGCAAAGCCCUGGAGGAGGUUCUGGUGUCUGCUAAAGAGAACGACUCCAUCACCGUGGGUGUCUACGAGUGCGCAAAAGUUAUGAAUCUUGACCCAGACAGCGUGUCUUUCUGUGUCCUGGCCGUGGAUGAGGAGUUCGAAUGUGACAUCGCUCUGCAGAUCCACUUCACUCUCAUCCAGUCCUUCUGCUUCGACAACGACAUCAGCAUCGUCAGAGUGAGCGACAUGCAGCGUCUGGCUGAGAUCGUUGGAGACAAGGCUGAUGAACAGCUUGAAGAUGCGCACUGCGUCCUCAUCACGAACCCAUCUGAAGGGUCUUGGGAGGACCCAGCUCUGGCGAAGCUGCACCUGUUCUGUGAGGAGAGCCGCAGUCUGAAUGACUGGGUUCCUGAGAUCAGCCUCCUCGAGCGUUGAUCCGGGCCUCGGCUCCUCUCUUGCUCAGAUGCUGUAAAAGCUUCUCAUCUGGAAAUACUCAUCCUGAUGACCAGGAUGACCCUGUUUCUUCAUCCCUGGAUACUCCUGAGGAGGAAUCCCAUCCAGGCAGCACGGCGCCGGCCCGAUGGAGGGCCCCCGGUCCGUGAACCGUCGUCCUCUUGUCCCGUCCAUGCCAAGAUGACUCUCAUUCUUUAUGUGAAUGGGAGUCAGGCAUGCCACAAGAGCGACACAUCGACCCUCAUUCUUUGUGCGGAUGAGGUUUGGAGAGGAAGGAGAUGCACGUUGAAGGCACGCGCAGCAGGAGAAGAAGCGGUGCUGAGGAGGAGGCGUUUCUUUAAAAAAAGACUUUUUUAAAGGCGACCUCUUUGCUGUAUGAGCAACAUGACAACAGUUGCAAUCAGCGUAAAUGUUUCCCACUUUCCAGAAUUGUCUUAAUUCUCUAAAGGUUUCACUUUAGAAAUUGAAAAAUGACAAAUAAUAUUCGAAAAUUAAAAAAAAUAAUAAUUAAAAAAAAAGUUUAUUGUCUAAAGGUUUCACUUUAGAAAUGUAACAAUGACAAAUUAUAUUCGAAAAUAAUAAAAAAAAA